ACUGUCGGUGGAGCUAGCCAGCUUGAACCCUAACACGCAUCCAAAGCACACGCCAUGCGCCGGGUUUGAAUACGAAAAAAGAUAUAAGACUGGAGAUAUUGAGAGAAAUUCGAUGAGAGGAGCGUGUAAGCAAGAGGGAGCUGCCUUAGAUUGUCCAAAGGGGCAGCGUUUCUCAAUCUAGUUCCGGUGUGUCUGUGCUGUGUGCGAGUUGGGACCCAAACAAAAGACUGCCACCAUCCUAAAGGGGGAUAUUCUACCGCGAGAGACCUGUCUGCUUAAUGCAAACUAAUCAUGAGCUCCUAUUUUGUUAACCCCCUUUUUUCCAAGUACAAAGGUACCGAAUCGCUGGAGCCAACUUACUACGACUGCAGGUUUCCACAAAGCGUUGCCCGUAGCCACACGCUGGUGUACGGACCCGGGGCAGCAGCGCCUGGCUUUCAACACCCAUCUCAUCACGUCCAGGACUUUUUCCAUCACGGAACCACGGGAAUCUCCAAUCCUGGAUAUCAACAGAACCCCUGCGCUUUGGCUUGCCAUGGAGACGCAACAAAAUUUUAUGGAUACGAAGCCCUUCCACGGCAACCACUUUAUGGUACCCAGCAAGAGGCAAGCCUCGCGCAAUACCCAGACUGUAAAUCCAACAGCUCUAACCCCGGAGAAGGACAAGGCCACUUAAAUCAAAACUCCUCUCCCAGUCUAAUGUUUCCUUGGAUGAGACCCCACGCCCCAGGGAGACGCAAUGGACGGCAAACCUACAGUCGCUACCAAACUCUUGAAUUGGAGAAGGAGUUUCUCUUCAACCCUUACCUUACACGCAAGCGACGGAUUGAAGUGUCCCAUGCCUUGAGUCUAACCGAAAGGCAGGUAAAGAUUUGGUUUCAAAAUAGGCGAAUGAAGUGGAAAAAGGAGAACAACAAAGACAAGUUUCCGGGGCAGAGAGGAGAGGUCGAAGCCGAGGCCGAAGAAGAGGGCAACGAGGACGGUGAAAUAGAAGAAACGGAAGAGAAAGAAGCGGAAGAGAAAGAAGAGACCAAGGAGUGAUUUUAUGGUCUUUUAUGGUUAUAUGGCUGAACAACAGAAAAGAGUUUCCAUACAAAUGAUGAGCAAGAAAGAGGCAUAGAGUCAACUUUAUGACCACAAUUUUUCUUAGUCGAGAGGAGAGAGAAUCCCACAUAUGUGGUUGUUAUAUGCCUAUAGGCAAAUUUUCCUUUAGUUAACUGGCAGUUUGGUAGGUAAAAUGCAUUUAAAUUUCACAUUCUUUAGGGUCAUAGUUCUACUUAGGUAGGCUUUGGCAUCCUGCAGGUCACUAAACUGCUAUUCGGUUAGGCUAUGCAUGUUAAACGGAUCUGGCUAUACUCUUAAGAUAUCUCAUGUGUAAUCAACUUCCAAUCCCAACGUCCAAGAACACUGCAAAAUAAUUCGAUUUGACCAACACCUACCUAUCUUGUACAUAUGGGCAAUUUAUAUUAAAUGGCAUAAACCUCUUUGCAAAACAGCUGCCUUCAAAAUCAUAAAUAUAGGUCUAACUUAGGCUACGAGUAGAACAUGUUCAGCCUCAUCACAAGAGCGUCAUAGGAAAAUCCAAUUGACAAGCAAUGCCCAUGUAAAGCGCGUAUAGUCUUUUAUUAAUCUGAUUUCAAUUUAAUUUGUUGUGAAGGCUAAGAGAAGGAAUCUUAAAUCCUAUUUUGCUAGGAUUACCAGGGAAAUGCAAUCGUUUGAAAUCCUUUGAUGCUACCUAAACCUUGGGAGUUUGCAAUAGAGAUUUCUAAAUACAGAGAUUUCAUAUGUUCUUGUUAUAGGCUAUAGUAUUAAUCCAACAUUGUAUUGUUAAAUUAUGUUUUAUUUACCCAUACAGUAUACAUUUGUUGAAGACAAUGUUUAGUCUUUGAAAGACAAUUGGCUCAAAGCCUCGCAACAAAUUUGGAGAUUGUACCGCAGUACUACCUAAUAAACAGAGCAUUGCCCUUAGUUGCCCAUUCCAUUCUAAUGGCACCGCUUUGUUUUCUUUGAAACAUAUUUCCCCAACGACUAAAACUGCCUAUAGAAAACGCACAUUACUGUGUAUAAAAUACCUGCUACAAUUACAAUGAUUUUUAAGUAAAAAGUUUGAUUUUAACGUGUUGGUGAUAUAGCAUAGACUAGUUGUUUUUUGCACUGAAUAUAAUCUUUAUGUACGUCUUGUUAUAUUUCGAUGUUACCCGUAUGCUUGUUUGCUGGU